GACACACAUUAAAGCAACUGGAUAUUGAAUUUCUCCGCAGAGUUCAGGAUAAGGUUAAUGUCAUUCCUGUUAUUGCCAAGGCGGACACGCUUACGUCGGAGGAGUGCAAAGAAUUCAAAAAAGCUAUUUUGAACGAAUUGGCUGCCAAUCGCAUACACACAUUCGAUUUCCCCGAUCCUGAUGAAUGUAGCGACCGCGGCAAUGAAGAAGAACUGAUAAAAGUUCGACGUCUUCGGGAUCGUGCGCCCUUUGCGGUUAUUGGAGCAAACACACUUGUUGUUGGGGAAGGCGGCAACCGUGUGCGUGCUCGCUGCUAUCCAUGGGGUGUGGUCGAAGUGGAGAAUAUGGAACACAAUGAUUUUGCCGCACUUCGAUAUUUGUUGCUCACAGCUUUCAUGCAAGAACUUCGAGAUGUCACUCACAGUGUGCAUUACGAAAAUUACAGAACCGCCAAACUUUCCGGUAUAGCCCAGGAGAGUCAUUUUCAAACCAGAGACGGAAAGGAUCCCAUGUCAAUUAUGGAAGCAGAAAAGAAGGAGCACGAAGCAAAGAUGCGUAAAAUGGAAGCAGAGAUGGAGGCCGUAUUCGAACAGAAGGUCGAAGAAAAGAAUCAAAAGCUCCGUGAAUUUGAGAAUGAUCUCAUGCGGCGAGCAGAUCAAAUGCGUGAACAACUUCGAGCUCAGGAACAAGAACAAGAGGCUGCACGUCGUGCGUUCGAUUUGGAACGAGCUAAUUGGGAAGAGGCAUGGCGUGAAUGGGAUAUCGGUGCCGAUAUCGGAACAAACGGGGCGACUCUUGGUUUAGGGGAACGCGUAAUCAACGAGGUAAUCAAGGAACGCGCCAAAACUGAGAAAAAACGAAAAGGUUUGUUUUGA